ACAAACUAAAAUAAAUCGCCCUGUUAAAUCUAUUUACUAGGGCAAUACCUUAUCACCAACACGUAAUGCGGGCACAGCUCCACUAAUUGAUCUGUGAAACGCCAAACUGCUUUAACUCAUUGAUAUAGAGACUAUUCUUGCUCGGCCGUAUCACAGAAGUGCAGGGUUUGUACGCAUGAGCUCACAAAUGUGUCGUCACCUCAACCUGGCCGUAUAUCAGCCAUAAAUAAAAUAUAAGCGCUGCCCAACGCACCGCAACCUCAGUGUGCUAAACAACCGCAAACAUGCAUUGCAUUUGGAAACUCGCCUUUGUCCUCUCCGUGCUUUUCCUUGUUGAAAAUAAUGCAAGCUCUAUAAGGACAGAAGAUGUCUCCACUAAAGAUGUUCCUGUGCCCAAAGAAGAUAAUAAUAUAGACGUCGGAUCGGAGAUUCCUGCGGUGUUGGAAGUAGACGCUGUAGCUGAUAAGAUAGAAGAGAAUAACACUCUGCAAUGUGCCGAAAUCGGAUCUUUCUGCAUCAACCACUCGGAAUGCUGCUCCAACGCCUGUCUGGGAUACAUGAGGCGAUGCGUCUCCGGCUCAGGAUAAUAGGCUUCGACAUUUAUUUACUCAAAACUUGAGAGAAAACACAUUUGCUUGCAGCAAUGGUACAAUCGCAGACAUGGAUGCU